AUGAACCCAGAAACCGAAGAAGUCGAAUCAGAUUCAGGAACCGAAGAAAUCAAUUCGACCCCAAGAAACUUACCAAAUAUCUUAAUCACCGGAACUCCCGGAACAGGAAAAACCACACACUGUGAAUUAUUAAUGACAUCUAAUUCAUCAUCUAAUGAACCACUAGGAAUCCGUUCAAUAAAUAUUGGUGAAUUUGUUAAAGAGAAUGAGUGUCAUCAAGGUUGGGAUGAUGAAUGGCAAUCGUUUAUUGUAGAUGAUGAUAAAUUAUUAGACGCACUAGAACCACAUUUCACAUCCACCCAAGGAGGUAUUAUCCUAGACUGGCAUUCAUCCUGCUUAUUUCCCGAAGACUGGUUCGAUCUGAUCAUCGUCUUACGUACACCACAUAACAAGUUAUGGGAUAGAUUAGAAAGAAGAGGUUAUCAUUUAAACAAAAUUCAAGAAAACAAUCUGGCUGAGAUCAUGGGUGAAUGUUUUAAUGAAGCGAUUUCAAAUUAUAAUCAUCAAAUCGUUAUUGAAUUAAAUUCGGAUCUCAUUGACGAGAUUGAUGAAAAUGUUAAUAGGAUCUUGGCUUGGAUUCAUAAUUGGAUUAAAGAUCAUGCUUCUGAUACUGUUACUACUUGA